AUGGGUGUGCGUGGUUCCAAAAUUGGACGUACACGUGCCGAGAAGGCUCACGUCAAAAAUGAGUUGGCCAAGAAAACUCCUCAAGUGAACAUUAAUACUCAAUUUCAAAAAGGUUACAAACUGAUCAAACCCUGUGAAAAUGCAGUUGAAGGCUACAAUGAUUGCAAGGGAACUAUUGCUGAGUUAUGGAAAGAAGCGAAACAAUUCUUAUUCAUGUUCAAAAAUAUGAUGAAAUUUCUGAAUGACGAUGAUAACUGUCCUCUUGCAAAGGAAUGGUGUAUGAACUUAGUUAAAACCACUCAUACAUUGGAAAAUAUGUGGAGAGCAUUUUUCAAGAAGAACGAGUGGGGCGAGAAUGGAGAGAAAGGUCUUCAGCAUAUUGUCAACGACGGAUUCCGUAAUAUCCCUGCGAUUCGUAAUGAUCUCCUGAAAAUUCAUGGAGGAAAUGGAAGAACUCAAAAGAUGUUGGAGAAACGCGUUGAGCCAUUGAUUGCAGAACACUUUCGAUGUAUCGAAAUCGUAAGGCUCAUUGAAAUCUACUCAUACAACACGGAUGGCCGAUUGGAGUUGAGCGGCUACAACUUCGAGCAAGAACGAAUAGUUGUAGAAUGCUUGGACGCGUGUAGCUGCUCGAGACAGCAGAAAACUGUCGUAGUGUACUACGAGGAAGUGUCGAGAGGGUUCGCUAUACGAGUUGCUGAAAAGAACAAAAAAGGAGAAUUUGUUUGUGAACACGUCGGAGACAUAAAAGUGGCCAAGGAGAAUCAGACGGGCAAGAAGCGAGAUAAAAGUUAUGAUGCCGCCUUGAAAGUUUAUGAUAAGGAACUGGCUAUCUGCUCGGCGAAUAUUGUAAACAUUUCCCGAUUCAUGGCUCAUGCCUGUGCCAUUUUUAUGGAGGCGUACAAUCGAGAGACUGAAUCCAGCGCCAUCGUCCCCCGCAUCGGAGUAUACGCCUUGAAGAAUAUCGAAGAAGCAGGAGAGGAGAAAAUCUCUUCCGAAAGACAUACAGAAAUGAGAAGCCUGGAUGCUCUAAAAGAGCCGAAACUCGAGACAAUUGAAGAAGGUCAACAGGAAUUUCAAGAGUAUAACAAAAAGUGUGUGUGUGUUCGAAAAGUGCCAAAGCCUGAGCCAAUCCCAGAAGAGAAGUUAAAGAGAAACCAUAUUUCCGAGUCAAAUCCGAGACAAAUGAAAUUUGCGUCAUUCAAUCCACCAAAUACUGCCUGA